AUGGAUGCAGAUGCAGAUGCAAAGGCUACUUCUCUCCGAGCAGAGCUGAAGCAAUGGGAAAAGACAUUCACGCUGCAGACUUCCCGCAAGCCAGGACGCGACGAUAUAAAGAACAAUCCGGCAAUUGCUGAGAAGUACAAGGAAUACUCGCGACUGCGAUCAGAGAGCUCGCAGAAUGCAGGAAAAGAGAAAGAGAGAGAGAAAGUUAAGCCAGCGGCAGAACAGCAAACGCCUAAGCGCACGAAGAGGCACUGUCCGUUUGAAGACGAUUCCCCCGCUGCAAAGCCAAAGAUAUGUACACCUAGCAGGACCGCGACGACAGGAGGUGCACAUCCCUCGCGAAUAGAUCCGUACGACUCCCCUUCGAAUGUCCGUCGACUGAACGGUGCGCGGGAACAGCUACCUCUCUACGAGGCUAUUGGGCCCACACCGCAGAGAGACGGGAAGGCAUUGGGCCUGUUUGAUUUGCUUGGUUCGCCUGGCCAGAAGACUCCGAGAGCAUCAAGACGGUCUGCUGUGAAUGUUGAUGAUACCCGUGGCAACGGUGACGGUGUGGCCCAGACUCCCUCGAGGAAAGUCCCCGGUACGCCAUCCAGCAGAGGAACGCCGGCAACAGCACGAAGGCUGAGAUACGCAUCAACACCGCUAUCCUCGGCACGCAAGUUCUAUCUCGCAAGCUUCUUCGCUACACCGACUGCGAACCGAUGCACGACUAUCCCUGAGGAAGAGGACGAGGAUAACGCAGCUCGUGGUGGUGGGGCUCUUGAGUCAGAUACGCCUUCAUUCCUUCGACGGAAGAACAUCUUCUCUCCCGCGAAGGCGAAUGCCGGUGUGCUGAAUUUGCGUAGCCCCGGGCCCGUGGCAGUGCGUAUGCCGCAGAAAUUAUUCGGGAAGGGAAUAAGUUCGUUUGCGAAACGGUUGCAAGAAGAGCGGGAUGCGGAGACGAAAGAAGCAGGCGAUGAGCAGUCUGAAGAUCGUGUCGAGGAGACACAGAUCUUCUCGGACCAUGCGCUUGAUAACGAUGAUAACGGGGAUGGCAAUGUUCACAGGUCCCCAUCGAAGGCAGAAAAAACGUAUAAGAAAAAAGGCCAGAAACGAACAACCAAGCUCUCUCGUCUCAGGCCGUCCCGUGCAAAGCCAGCUGUUCAGCCAUCGUGGGAAUCCCUUGUUGAAGAUAGUGAUGACGAACUGGCUACUACCGAAACAGCUGCGGCCCCAGCAGAAGACGACGGCUCAAGUGAUGGUCCUGACGCUGAUGGAGCAUGUAUUCCCAAGAGCCGUGACAAGCACCCAAAGAAACCUGUCAAGCCUAGCUCUAACACUGCUGUAGGGAAGAAACCGAGGAAGAUCAAGGCGGAAGCCCAUGCCAACUACCGCUCCUUGAAGAUUCGAAGCCGAGGUGGUCAGAAAGGAGGCGGCCGGUUCGGCAGGCGAUGA